AUGGCUAGGAAGCAAACAAACAGUGUUUUUUCUUCUUCUGUGGCAUCUGUGAAAAAAUAUGACGUUUUUCUUAGCUUUCGAGGUGAGGAUACCCGCAGAAACUUCACAUGCCAUCUUUAUGAUGCUCGGAGCCGAAAGAAAGUUGAAACCUUUAUAGACAACAAUGAGCUUCAAAAAGGAGAUAAGAUAUCGCCAGCACUCAUCAGAGCCAUUGAGGAGUCACAUGUGUCUAUUGUCAUCUUCUCAGAAAACUAUGCUUCCUCAAAAUGGUGCUUGAAUGAGCUCAAAAAGAUUCUUGAAUGCAAGAAAUAUAUGGUACAGAUUGUGAUACCUGUUUUUUACAACAUAGAUCCAUCACAUGUGAGGAAGCAGACUGGGAGUUACAAGCAAGCCUUCGCAAAACAUAAGCGAGAUUUGAAGAGCAAUAAUGACAAGUUACAGGAAUGGAAAGAUGCACUCACUGAGGCAGCUAGUUUAGUUGGUUGGGACUCUCAAAAUUACAGACUUGUAAAAUCUUCUUCCUCUCAUUCAUAUGCUAGGAUCGAAUCGGACUUCAUUAAGGACAUUGUUAAAGAUGUUUUGCGGAAACUGAAUCUUAGCUACCCAUGUGAAAUUAAGGGGCUUGUUGGAGUUGAGAAAAAUUAUGACCAAAUUGAGUCAAUACUGAAAAUUGGCUCAAAUGAUGUUAGAGUCCUUGGAAUAUGGGGCAUGGGUGGCAUAGGAAAGACCACUCUUGCUAGGGCUUCAUAUGCUAUAAUUUAUUCUCAAUUUGAAGGUUGUUGCUUUCUCAAUGUAAUGGAUGAAUCAAACAGGUAUGGACAUAAUGUUGUAUACAAUAAACUUUUAUCCUCAUUGUUAGAGGAGGAAAAUAUUCAUCCUGAUGCAUCCUACAUAGAAGCCACUUUAUCCAAGAGAAGGAUUUCACGUAAAAUUAAAGUUUUAAUUGUGUUAGAUGGCAUAGAAACCUUAGAGCAAAUAGAAGAUCUUAUCCUAAAAAUUGAUGGGCUGGGACCGGGUAGUAGGGUCAUUAUGACAACUAGAGAUAAGCACAUAUUUAGUCAGUUCAGUAAAUGUGAGAUAUAUGAGGUCAUGAAAUUGAACAAUCAUGAUUCUCUUCAGCUAUUCAGUUUGAAUGCCUUCGGAGGAAAACAGCCUAAAAUUGGAUAUGAAGAUCUAUCAGAAAGUGUAAUUGCCUAUUGCAAAGGCAAUCCUCUGGCUUUAAAAGUUUUAGGGGCAAAUCUCCGCUCAAGAGGCAAAGAGGCAUGGGAAAAUGAAUUGAAAAAGCUCGAAAAGAUUCCAAAUAGGAAAAUUUAUAACGUGUUAAAAUUCAGUUAUGAUGACUUAGAUUUUUUUCAACAGGCCAUAUUUUUAGAUAUUGCAUGCUUUUUGAGAGGAGAGCAUAAAAUAUUUAUAAUAGAUUUGUUGGAAGCUUGUGAGUUCUUUGCAGAAAGUGGGAUAGAAGUCGUUUUAGAUAAAGCUCUCAUACAAGUAAAACCAAAUUGGCACUCGUAUGCCAAGUUGGAAGUUGAUAGUUUACAUAUACAUGAUUUGUUACAAGAAAUGGGACAGGAGAUUGUUAAUCAAGAAUCUAUAAACCCUGGAAAACGAAGUCGGUUGUGGAGAGCUAAAGAAAUAUCUGAUAUAUUAAAAGAAAACAAGGGAACUAAAGUUGGGGAAGGUAUAAUAUUCGAUAGUACGGAAGUUGGGGAUCUAUACUUGAAGUCUGAUUCCUUUAGAAGGAUGACAAACUUAAGAUAUCUUAAGAUUCAUAAUAUAUCCAACGGGAGCAUAUGCAAUGUACAUUUUCCUGAUGGUCUCGAGUGGCUUUCUGAUAAAUUGAGGUACCUUCAAUGGGAGGGAUAUUGUCCUGAGUCUUUUCCAUCAAACUUUUGUGCUGAAAUGCUUGUAGAGCUUCACAUGACUCAUAGCAAGCUUAAAAAGCUCUGGGAUGGAGUUCAGAAUCUUGUGAAUCUAAUCACAUUUAGCCUUAAUUACUCCAAAGAUCUGAUUGAGAUCCCAAACUUAUCUAGGGCUACAAAUCUUGAAAAAGUACAUCUCUAUAAAUGUGAAAGCCUGCGUCAUCUCCAUCCAUACAUCUUUUCUCUCCCUCGACUUAUUGUACUAGAUUUAGGAGGUUGCAUAAAGAUCGAAAGCCUUAAAACCAAUAUUCAUUCAAAUUCUCUCCGAAACCUUAAACUUGAUGGUUGUUCAUCUCUCAUGGAAUUUUCAGUGACAUCGGAGGAAAUGACAGAGUUAUCCUUAUGUGGCACUGAUAUACAUCAAUUGUCUUCAUCAAUUUGGCGUAAUACCAAAAUGACUGUUAUUAACCUAACUGGAUGUAACAAGCUUAACAUUGUCGGGAAUAAGUUAUCAGAUGAUCAUGGACUUGGGUUUGUUACGGAACUAGACCUUUCAGGGUGCACAGAAAUUAAUGCAUUAAGUUUGUGGUCCAUCCUUGAUGGCAUACAAUCUUUAAAACAGCUAAAAUUGAAAGAGUGUUGCAACUUAGAAAGUCUCCCAGAGAAUAUCCAAAACCAUUCAAUGCUAGAAUGGCUUGAAUUAGAUGAUUGCAGGAACCUCGUGACUCUGAUAGAGCUUCCGCCAUCCCUGUUAUAUUUUAAAGCUGUUAAUUGCACUUAUCUGGACACAGAUUCCACACAAUGGUCAUUGCUUGAAAACAUGGUACGAAAGAUCUUUGAAGACCCUUCUAUUGAAGAAGGUGUGAUAAAUGCUUUCUCUUUCCUGCCAGGAGCACAAGAUCCAAUAAUUUUUGAUUUUCAGACAAUCGAGGCUUCAAUAACUAUUCUUCCUAUUAAAAAAUCUGUCUUAUGUGGUUUCAUAUUUCGCAUCCUUUUUUCUGAGGGCUUCACUAUUAACCACCAUGCCCUUCAUUGUAUUAUUUUUGAACGCGGAAAAGAAGUCAACAGACGUCGCAUUAGUCACAAUUAUUUUGGGACAUUAAUUUCAGAUCAUGCAUUGAUAUGUUGGCAUGGUUACAACAGACAAGAAAAUGGAAGUUAUGAUAUUUGCAACUUAUCAUUUCAAUUCAUACUUCAAGGUCCCAAUGAAGAAUUACGGUGGUCAAAGGAGGGGAUAAAGGGGUGUGGGGUCUUACCUGUAUGGGAAUAUUGGGGUAGUAGCAUUAGUAAGGAAAUUGGUAAGUUAAAAUCCAUUGCUCAAGACUCUUAUGUGUCUAUAGCAAUUGGAGGUGAAGGCAGAAGCUAUAACAAUGAAAAUGAAGAUGAUCAGGAACAACCUUCUUAUUCUUACAAAGUAGAGGAACAACCUUCUGUUAGACGCAGGCGCCAAGUAAUUAGACCCAAGUCUGUGUAA